UCCCGGUCAACACACUACCUCAAACGCUCGCCGGGGAAACACGACAGACAGCGAGGAAGCGCUGCCUAGAUUAACACAGCUCACUGAAGAUCACGCAGAUCUAGCAAGACCUGAACAUGUCUCUUCGUUUGCUUGUAUUCCUUGGUUCAACCCGAGAGGGAAGAAUGGGUGAAAAUGUCGCCAAGUGUGUGAUCAAUAUGCUGAGGGAGAAGGAACACCAAGCUGAUCUUGUGGACCCUCUUAUGAUGCAGGACGGCCACAUCCACCAACCGCUCCACUUCAUGAAGAACCAAGAUGAAGCCCCGGAGUGGAUGAAGACGACCCACGCAUCCAUCCAGGCAGCCAAUGGAUUUGUAAUAGUGACCCCUGAAUACAACAGCACCCUCCCGCCCGCACUCACCUCCAUCAUGGACCAUUUUCCUCCAGCCUCGUACAGACACAAACCCUGUGCUAUUGUCACCUACUCCAUGGGGAGCUUUGGAGGGAUCCGAUCCGCCGCCGCCGCCCGCCCUCUGCUGAGUGAGCUGGGAAUGGUCUCGACGCCCUCGGUCUGCGUCAUCCCUCAGGUUAUGGGCAAGUUCGAUUCGGAAGGCGUGUGCAGUGACGAAAGAAUCCAGAAAAAUCUUGCCAAAGUUGUCAGCGAGAUUCAGUGGUAUGCAGAAGCCAUUGAGGAGAAGAAGAAAGUCAGUGGGGUGCCUUCUUAAUUUUAAUAACUACGGUACAUUUUGUCAAUGGCGUCCCAUCCAAAGUAACUACGGUACAUCUUGGUGGCGCUUCAGUGGCGAUGCUUCUUGUCAGAAAUUCUGGAUGAUAUAUAUAUGUACUCAGUCUGCUGAUUUCAAAUUUAUAGGUUCUUGCCAUUUACAACCUAUAAGAGACAGCGGUGUUACUGUAAUGCUUGGUAUUUUUAAUUCUUAUAAUGCAGGCGAUUAUAUUCUUCCAUAAUAGAAUUAUGUAAUGAUCUCGCGUCGUAUAUAUAUUUUUUGUUUUAGCUUUCACAUUAUACUCUUAAUAUAAAA